ACUAUUAUAGAGACUUAAAGAGGACUCACAGGUGUACAGUAGUACGUGAGUCACGCAGCGCUGCCGUUUGCAGAGAGGCGAUUAAAUGUUUACUAUUAAGUCAGCGUGAGGAAAAGGAGCAUUCUUGCGCGUUUGGAGUCACAUUUGGGAGCGUGUUUUUUUCAGACUACAGCCAUGUGAUGGCAUAUGAGUCGAGUGUAAUGUAACAAUCCCCACCGACGCUUGUGCAGUGCUUGACGCUCAGUGACAUGACAUGGACGGCGGAGUGUCUCACUGAGAGCUGAUGAACUGAGGAACGAUGUCGGACCAGGGUUAUGGCUUAACUCUCUCAGCUGCACCCCCUCUUCGCAGGGGCAGCACCCCACUACCAAUCAAGCAUCAGCUGAGGCGAGAGGAGGCUGUGUCCGAGGAAUACGAUUGGACACCAGGACUCAACGAAUCUGCGACUCCACAAAUCAGCGUCACCAAUAUUCAAGAUUCUCCAAGCCUAAAACCGCCCCAACAGAAGUACCACGGACCACUUCGGAUAGUACUCCUGGGUCAAAACGGAGUGGGCAAAUCCUCUCUGGCACUUUGCCUAGCUGGAUUGUCAGACAGAUCACUCUCUAUAGACUCUGAAACCCAAGCAGCCGAUGAGGGUUACCCACGACGAGUGACCGUGGAUGAUGAGGACAGCUCAAUUUUAGUAUAUGACAACUGGAAACAGGAGCUGUCUACCCUGCAGUGUGAGGUGUGCAUCCUGGUGUUCUCCCUGACGGACAGGCGCAGUUUCCACCGGAUCGCUCAGCUCCGCCUGCUCCUGAGAGAGUCGCUGCCGCACACCCCCAUCAUCCUAGUGGGAAACAAGAGCGACCUUGUGCGCUCCCGUGAGAUCAGCACCGAGGAGGCUCACUCCAGCGCAAUGAUGUUCGGCUGUUUGUAUCUGGAGCUCUCCGUUUCCCUGGACCACCGCACCAAUGAUCUCCUGGAAGCGGCUGUUAGAGCGGCGAGGGGACAUAGUCUGGGGCCCGGCUGGACAGAGGGUUCCCCCUCUGCAGCACGCAGAGAGAGCUUAACCAGCAGAGCCAAACGCUUUCUGUCAGGGCUUGUCCCGCGUUCCCAUCUCGGCCGAGAAAGAGACCGGGAGCCUGGCAGAGACAGAGACCUCAGCAGACACCGAGGAAGCCGAAUGCUCAGGCAGAAAUCCCGUUCAUGUCACGACCUCAGCGCUUUAAUGUGAGCCAAAAUGGCCGAGCUGCAUGUAGGAUUGACAGGUGAGGAGAUGAGAGAGACCACCGAGGAGAUCAUUAUUAUCUUAAACUAGUAUGUGUGAAAUUAGUUGUUUAUACCAGUCAUUGAACGUGACGGUGGUGCAGAGAAAACUAGCAGUGUAUAAACUAUCCCUGACCUUUGAGAGGCCUGUGAAACGGACAGAGCGAUGAAGAUAUGGUAGUGGAUGUCAGGAUAAUGAGGAUCUAGUGCUGGUUUUGGCAGGCUGUUAGCGCUGAUAGAGUAGCUCCUGUUGUAGUCCCUGUUGAGAAGCAUGUCGACACAGAACGGAUGCAGAACUGUAGUAAAAGUUCUUUAGAA